AUUACAUAUGUUCUAAACUUUACAUUUAGAAUUAUAAUAGAAAAUCAGUUAUCGCAUAGAUUUGGUCAUUUUUGAUGUCUAGGGAUAGCAACUCGUUUUAGAUACACUUGGGACUCUAGCGCGAAAACAUCUUAAUUGUCUUUAUUGAGGUUACAACAAUAUCUUUGUGCACCGUUAUCGCAAUUGACUGGUUUGUAAACUGACGUCUGCCACUAUAUUUGUGGACAUCGCAAUAUGAAGAGUUGAACUUUAUCCAGAGCAUAUGGAGUGUACACUGCAGGGAUUCUUAUAGUUACGUGGUAGAGUUGUUGUACGGGAACUAUAUAUAAUUUGCAUCAGGGGAACUUCCCAAUGAACUAUACAUGUUUAGAUUCAGCAUCGCUAUAUUGUUAAGAUACGACGCCGUUUGUUACAAGUUAAGUAUCUGAUAAACAAUGGAUAAUGGAUUCAUGCCCGCAGAUAAGGGGCGUUCCGGUGGUAUGAAGCAGAUUACAGAUGAGGAAGCUGCCCGUGUAGGUAGUCGUAUGGCCGCCGGUACUAAAGGUACUGGGCGUAUUCAUUUACGUAAAGCUGCUGGUAAUGUGUGGAACGAUCCCACUUUGGACGAUUGGCCUCAGAAUGACUUUCGUAUAUUUUGUGGUGACCUUGGUAACGAGGUGACUGACGAUACAUUAGCGAAUGCUUUUAAAAAGUACCCUUCAUUUCAGCGUGCACGUGUAAUUCGUGAUCGCGUUUCUGGUAAGAGCAAGGGUUACGGUUUCGUAUCCAUGUUAAGUCCAGAUGACAUGUUGGCUGCAUUAAAUGAGAUGAACAACAAGUUCGUUGGCAACCGUCCGAUCCGUGUUAUGCGUAGUAAGUGGAAGGAUCGUGACAUUGGUUCAGAGAAGAAUCGUCAAUUGGCUGGUAUGUAUCAGAUGUCUGCUGACAAUUCAAAGACAUUGCGCAAGUUUAAGAAGCUUGGUAAGAGCGUCACUGGUGGCAAACGUGCCAACUUGGUAUAUGAGCCCAAGACCUUCAAACGUAAUAAAAUUUACCUCAGUACCGGUGUGGCAAACAGGUUUGAUAACAGAUCGCGUGUUGCUCAUGACCAUCUUUUGGACAACAUCUGAGAGAACGUGCUGUCCUCUAUCUUAGUUUAUGCCUUUGCAAGGUAUGAAUGACCCAUUGUUGGAUAUACACAAUCAUGGCGUAUUUAAAAUAUACUCACGCUAUUGACACAUUUUCACGGCACCAUCACAUGCCAUCUGCUU